AGUGCAGUAAUAAAACCUGUAAUACACUUUCUACGCGUUUGCGUUCUUGAUCGAAAAUUAUAACAGGCUUCCUAGUAAUUUUUUAAGAAAAGUCUUUACUAUUGGUGGGAAUGGCGGAAUAACAGGUCGCGUCGUUCGUAACGUCCUUCAAACGUUCCUAUCGAUUCUGGGAGUACACGGAGACCUAUAAUACGAAGUUCACCGUCGAAACAUGUUAGUUCGUCGGUAACGGUGCCUGACCGAUUGUCGUUCAGUGACUGCUGGUAACGUUCGUCGCUGUUGGAUGAAACUAUUGCAAUAUUUUUUUUUUUCUUUCAAUCGUACCGUUUUAAGUUGUGUCUACUAAAAUUUGAAAGAAAAUGUCAGAUGACGAGGGUAUAUCAUGGUGUCACUCGCGUCAAAAUUGUGUGGUUCAACCACUUUUGACAGAUUUAUAUCAGAUCACAAUGGCAUACGCUUAUUGGAAAAGUGGCAAAAUAAAUGAUCAUGCUGUAUUUGAUUUAUAUUUUCGUAAAAAUCCUUUUCAAGGAGAAUUUACAAUCUUUGCUGGCCUGGAGGAAUGUAUUAAGUUUUUAGAGAAAUUUCGUUAUUCUUGUAGUGAUAUUAAAUACUUGAAGUCAAUAAUGCCAUCAUCGGUGGAUCAAAGAUUUUUUGAAUAUUUAAAAGGCCUUACCCCAAAAGAUGUCACAAUAUACGCUAUGGAAGAAGGUUCAGUUGCUUUUCCAAGAAUACCAUUACUAAGAGUAGAAGGUCCAUUAAUAAUGGUACAACUUUUGGAAACAACACUGUUAACCUUAGUUAACUAUGCAAGUUUAAUGGCUACAAAUGCAGCCAGAUAUCGUAUGGUUGCUGGGAAAAAUAUAACAUUGCUAGAAUUUGGUCUUCGAAGAGCUCAGGGUCCUGAUGGUGGUUUAAGUGCCUCUAAAUAUAGUUAUAUAGGUGGUUUCGAUGGGACAAGUAAUGUUUUGGCAGGAAAACUGUAUAAUAUUCCUGUAAGCGGUACACACGCGCACGCAUACAUUACAUCCUUCACUAGCAUUGAUGACUUGCAGGAAAAAAAUUUGGUACAUAAAGAAACAGAAAAGGUUUAUGAUCUUCUAGAAUUAGCUUACAAACAUCGGGAUUCCAUUGCAGCUGAUGUAGGAACACUAGUUUCUGAGGCUUCUAGUGGAGAGUUAGCUGCUUUGAUUAGUUAUGCCAUUGCUUUCCCACAACGAUUUGUUGCUCUUGUAGACACAUAUGAUGUGAAAAGCGUCGAAGCCUCAGCCAAGAGACAGGCAUGUAUAGCCAGCCUAAAUGUAAAGAAUAAACGUCUAGCAAAUGGGUCCAAUACACAUGCCCAAAAUGGUGUCAGAAACAAUCCAAUUAUAUCAGAAUCGACUUCACAUCACAAGAAUGGCUUUUUAAGACGAGGCGAAUUGGGUGAGCUCUAUGUGAGGAGUGGGCUACUAAACUUCUGUGCAGUGGCACUAGCUCUAAAUGACUUGGGUUAUAAAGCAGUUGGUAUAAGAAUUGACAGCGGAGAUUUAGCAUACUUGAGUAAUACUGCAAGGGAUAUAUUUGAAAGAAUUGCUGUCAAAUACAAUAUACCCUGGUUUGGAAAAUUGACAAUCUGUGCAUCAAAUGAUAUAAAUGAAGAAACUAUUUUAAGUUUAAAUGAACAGAGUCAUAAAAUUGAUUGCUUUGGAAUUGGAACACAUUUGGUAACGUGUCAAAGACAGCCUGCAUUAGGCUGUGUUUAUAAAAUGGUUGAAAUCAAUGGUCAACCUAGAAUUAAGCUCAGCCAGGAAGUUGGUAAAGUGACAAUACCAGGAAGAAAAGAUGCGUUUAGAUUAUACGGAGCGGAUGGAUAUGCGUUAAUUGAUCUGUUGCAAAGAUCAACGGAAGAAGCCCCGCAAGUAAAACAGAAAGUUCUUUGUAGACAUCCGUUCCAAGAAUCAAAAAGAGCUUAUGUUAUUCCUACGCGAGUAGAACCAUUACACAAGGUAUACUGGAAAAAUGGUAAAUUGUGUCAACCAUUAUUAACAUUACAAGAAAUACGAAAUAGAGUUCAGGAAUCUUUAAGAACACUUAGAAAUGAUCAUAAAAGAAAUUUAAAUCCUACACCAUACAAAGUGGCCGUCAGUGAUGAUUUAUAUAAUUUUAUACAUGAUUUAUGGUUACAAAAUGCACCAAUCGGUGAACUAUCGUGAACCAUCGUGAAGUUGUAUAUACAUUAUUUUGGAAAAUAAUGAUUAACAAUGAUUGACGGGAGAACGUUUAUUAAAAAUUAAGAUCACAAAUUUAAAUGGCCUACCAUUAUAUUAAAUUGGAGGUUUCAAAAAUUUAUUUUUUACACUAACGAAACUUCCAAUUGUACAAGUAUCAUUUUAUUACAGUAGUAUUUUUGAUCACUUAUAAAAAUCACGCUACAAUAUGUUUAUAUAAUUUUAUAGAUGUAAAGCAGAUUGCCUUUAGAAAUAUGUAUUAGUAUUAUAAAUCGUAUUACUUAGAGUAAUAUUAUUUAUAAUAAGUCUCAUAAGCAGGUAGUUACUGUGGAUUUUGAAUAAAAUGCAAAGCGGGUACACGUGAAUUAUCUAUGCACAAUUUAGAUACAAGCUGUUUUAUGUUUAAA